AUGCUCAUCACCGUGGGCCCAGGAGGCCCUGGGGUGCCACUGCUGGACCUAACGCUGCUCUCACCACCGCCACCACUGACUCUGGCAACCCUGACGUUCUCGGUGGCCAUGCUGGAAGGCCACAUAGACGGACGGUACCCCGGGGGUGCCCUGGUGAUGGCAGAAAUGAAACCUGCACAGGGCCGUGUGGUCUUUGAGGACGUGGCCAUAUAUUUCUCCCAGGAGGAGUGGGGGCACCUUGAUGAGGCUCAGAGAUCACUGUACCGAGACGUGAUGCUGGAGAACAUGGCACUUUUGUCCUCGCUGGGUUGUUGGCAAGGAGCCCAGGAUGUGGAGGCACCUUCUUCAGAGCAAGGUGUUUCUAUAGGAAUGUCACAGGUCACAACUCCAGUGCCCCAUGUAUCUACCCGGAGGAUCCAGCCCAGUGAGACGUGUGACCCACGCUUGAAAGACAUUUUGUACCUGGUUGAGCACAGUGGAAAACUUCCUGAGCAAGAGAUGUAUAUUUGUGAGGCAGAGCCUUUUCAGCACCAAAAGCAGAAGAUUGGAGAGAAUCUUUCCAGAAGGGGGGACAAUUGGAGACCUUCAUUUGAAAAGAACCACCGAGUUCCCAUGGCAGAGAAGACCUUCACCCACAGUGAGGGUUGGAAGGACUUGCCGGCCACCUCUGUCCUUCUCCGGCACCAGCCCCCUCAAAGUGGGUGGAAGCCUUUCAGGGACACAGAGGACAGGGAAUUCUUUGAAACUGGACAAAAUGAUUACAAAUGCAAUGAAUGUGGGAAAACCUUCAACUUCAGUCAUUUACUUGUCGAACACCAGAAAAUCCACACAAAAGAAAGGCCUUAUGAGUGCAACAAAUGUGGGAAACUCUUUAGAUAUGGUGCCAACUUCAUGAAACAUCAGACAGUUCACAGUGGUGAAAGGACUUAUGAGUGCAGAGAAUGCGGAAAAUCUUUUAUGUAUAAUUAUAGACUUAUGAGACAUAAGAAAGUUCACACUGGAGAAACGCCUUUUGAGUGUGACAUAUGUGGGAAAUUCUUUAGGUACAGCUCUACAUUAGUUAGACAUCGGAGAGUUCACACUGGAGAAAGGCCUUAUGAGUGCAGAGAAUGUGGGAAAGCCUUUAGCCACAAACAUAUACUUGAUGAGCACCAGAAGAUUCACAGUGGAGAAAGACCUUAUGAGUGCAGUGAAUGCCAGAAAGCCUUCAUUAGAAAGUCUCACCUGGUUCAUCACCAGAAAAUCCACAAUGAAGAGAGGCUUGCUCUAACCGGGGAGAAACCUUAUGAGUGCAGUGAGUGCAGAAAGGCCUUCAGCUGGGCCUCAUCCUGUACUCUCCAUCAGAGAACUCACACAGGCAAGAACCCCUUUGAGUCUAACUGUAGAAAACCCUUCCAGUACAGGUUGUUCCUCGUGGAACAUCACAAAAUCUGUACAGAAGAGAAACCCUAUAAAUGCAGUGACUGUGGCAAGACUUUCAGGUACAGCUCUUCCCUCAGCCUCCAUCAGAGAACUCACACUGGGGAUCCCUAUAAAUGUAAGGAAUGUGGGGAUACCUUCAGAUAUGGCUCCUUGCUGACUAUGUAUCAGCAGAUCCACCGCAUCAAGACACCCUACGAGUGUAAGGAAUGUCUGAAAGCCUUUAGUCUAGUCCAUCCCUUAAAGUACAUCAGAGGAUACAUGCUGGAGAGAAAUCCAGACGCAGUCGUCAUGAGAAGACUCUCCUACAGAGACAUGCUGGAAGUUACCUACCACCAGAUCCUUCAUUCCUGA